AUGGCAGCAUUUUUUUCUAACGAAAGUAACAAUAAAGACAUUCGUCCAUAUCUUCGCCAAUCGUUAAUUGGUGAUUCAGAUUUCAUAAUCACACUAGGCAAGAGUCUAAAAGACGUUGACUGGGAGAGGGGCAAAAUUUUAACAAAUAACAUGACAACUUUAGUUUGUCUCGCUGCCCUGCUACUGGCAAUGAACUGCGCCUCAAGUUUGGAGAAGGAAAACGUUCACCUGGUGAGGUCAAGGGCAAAUAUUGAUCCCUCUGUGGCCCUUGCUUUACAAAAGGGCCUCAAACAGCUGGACAAAUAUAUUGAGAAGAUGGCCAUAUAUUCUGUCUUUAAUAACCAAAGGAGAUCAUAUGUAAAAUUUACAUUAUAG